CUGGUACUCCCCCCCCUUCUCUCUCUCUCUCCGUCUAAGUUCAACGCACACAAAGAUCGGAGUGCUGGCUCCUCCCAUGGCGGCAGGCCUGUCCGCCGCCGCCGCCGCCGCCGCGUUCCCCAAGCCCAUCAAAUUCAUCCGGAGCUCCGCCCUCCUCGUCCCGCAGCCCACCUGCUUCUCUCUCUCUUCCCGUCCCUUCGCCCCCUCUCUCUCCAGGAACUGCACGGGCUUCCAUGCUCCCAGAAGGAAGACGCUGCUCACGGUAUGCUUCGUUCUGGAGGACCUGAAGCAGGGCCCCUCCCCCGUGGAAACCGAAACCGAAACCGAAACCGCCUCGCCAGAAGACGGCCCCGGCGACUCCGCCGCCGCCGCCGCCGCCGGGCGGCCCGACCAGAUCUCGGCCUCGCGCGCCACCGAGAGGCUGGCGCGGAAGAGGUCCGAGCGGUUCACUUACCUCGUCGCCGCCGUGAUGUCCAGCUUCGGGAUUACGUCCAUGGCCGUCAUGGCCGUUUACUACAGAUUCGCGUGGCAAAUGGAGGGAGGACAGGUGCCUAUGUCUGAGAUGUUCGGUACAUUCUUUCUCUCCGUGGGCGCUGCUGUGGGCAUGGAGUUCUGGGCAAGAUGGGCUCACAGAGCUCUCUGGCAUGCUUCUCUCUGGCACAUGCACGAGUCGCACCAUCGGCCGAGAGACGGGCCGUUCGAGCUCAACGACGUUUUCGCCAUCAUCAACGCCGUCCCUGCCAUCGCCCUCCUCUCCUACGGCUUCUUCCACAAGGGCCUCGUCCCCGGUCUCUGCUUCGGCGCCGGCCUCGGGAUCACGGUGUUCGGGAUGGCAUACAUGUUCGUCCACGAUGGUCUCGUCCACAGGAGAUUCCCCGUGGGCCCCAUCGCCGACGUGCCCUACUUCCGGAGGGUCGCUGCAGCCCACACGCUCCACCACUCGGACAAAUUCAAUGGAGUCCCAUAUGGGCUGUUCCUCGGGCCUAAGGAACUUGAGGAAGUUGGAGGGCUUGAAGAGCUGGAGAAGGAGAUCAGCAGGAGAACCAAAUCAUACAAGGACUCGCAGUCAUAGCCGCGACCCCGUUUCUGUGAUUUUAGAAUUUUGUCCCCGUUUCUGUGAUUUUAGAAUUUUGUGGGUGUAAAAAAAGAUGGAGAAUUGUGGUAAAUGAUUAUGAAAAAAAGAGAAAAAAAAAAGCAUUUUUGAGACGAACGUUUCGUGUAAUUUCAUACGAGGAGAUUGAAUAGGAUCGAGAGUUUAUUGACCAUC